CCAGGACCUGAACCAGAACCAGGACCUGAACCAGGACCACUGACUCCAGAACCAGGACCUGAACCUCUGCUCCACAUCACUUCUGUUCUGUUCUGUUUUCUUUUCUUUGUAUUUCUCUCUUUUACCGGAUGCCGGUUGGUUCGCUGACUCCGUCCUCUCCUCUCCGUUCACCGGCUGCGCGUCCGGGCCGUGCGUAAAACCGAACCAAACCGACCCGUGCCGAGCCGGGCUAAAGGAGACCCCCGGACCCCCGCGGGACUUCCAUCCGCCCCUCCGCCAUGGACGUGGUGAAGAGCCGCCUGUUGGGCAUCUCCGUGGCCGUGGCGCACGGUUUUUUCUCCGGUUCGCUGAACAUCCUGCUGAAGUUCCUCAUCAGUAACUACCGCUUCAGCUUCCUCACACUCAUCCAGCUCCUGACCAGCAGCACGGCGGCGCUCAGCCUGGAGACCCUGAGGCGGAUGGGCAAGGUCCAGGUGCCGGCGUUCAGCGUGCAGCUGUCCAAGGAGUUUGCUCCAGUGUGUAUCCUGUCCACUCUCCAGUCCACCCUGACCCUCUGGUCCCUUCGUGGGCUCAGUCUGCCCAUGUAUGUGGUCUUCAAACGCUGCCUGCCGCUCUUCACCCUCAGCAUCGGCGUGUGCGUCCUCAGGAACGGCGUGCCCUCCGUCGGCGUGGUAACGGCCGUCCUCAUCACCACGGGUGGAGCCGCGCUGGCAGGUGCUGGUGACCUCACAGGUGACCCCUUCGGUUAUGUCACUGGUGUCCUGGCCGUCAUCAUCCAUGCCUCUUACCUGGUUCUGAUCCAGAAGACCAGUCUGGACAGUCAGUACGGCCCGCUGACCGCACAGUACGCCAUCGCCAUCAUGGCGUCGCCGGUCCUGCUGGUCUGCUCCUUCAUCUCCAUGGACAGUAUCCAUAUGUGGUCUUACCAGGGCUGGUCCGACCCCCACAUCACCUGCAUCUUCAUCCUCUGCAUCUUCAUCGGCUGUGCCAUGAACUUCACCACCCUCCACUGCACCUACAUCAACUCCGCCGUCACCACCAGCUUCGUGGGCGUGGUCAAGAGCAUUGCCACCAUCACCGUGGGCAUGUUGGCGUUCAGCGACGUGGCGCCCACCGGUCUGUUCAUCGGCGGCGUGGUGGUCAACACGGUGGGCUCCAUCACCUACUGCGUCGUCAAAUACUACGAGACCAAAAAGAAGAGCGCCUACGAGGACCUGGAGGAGUCCGGCAAGGAUGCGGCGCCGCCCGGGGAACCGUACCGAGAGAAACCGCCGCUGAACGGCGUCGGCCCCGGUGAUGGGGAAGGCGUGACGAUCAGCGGCGACGAAGAGGCGACGCUGGUGAACGGAGAGGCGUGGACUGGAGACGGCGGACGAGGAGACCUGGACGGAGGCGCCAGCGCCACGGUGAUGACGGAGAAGGAGGCGCUGGAGAUGCAGAGGGAGCACCUGCACCGUGACCACGCCCCCUCGGGUCCGGCGCCCGGCGACAGCUACGUGGGCGUGUGGCGGUCCGUCCGACAUCUGCAGUUCGGCAAGAAGGAGCCUCUGAUCGACAACAUGGAGCAGCAGAGUCCAUGAGGAGCGACCGGUGGAGACGGCGGGAAGACGGGGGGGUGCGCCCACACGCUUGAGACGCAGCGGCCGCGCUCACCGCCGCCGCAAAACAACACGAAGCUUUAGUCAAACCUUAACUUUAAGACGAGGGAAGAGGCGUGGCCUUUGUUCACAAAAGGAAACACAACCUGGACGCAGAUACGCCUCGCCUCGUCUGUCCCAGCUCUGUCCUCCGGCGUCCGGCGGCAUCCGGGCACCGCGCAGCAUGUUUCUGUUUGACUGACGUCUCCACUGGAUCUUGUACAAACUCGUCAGGGAACAAAAAAACGAACCUCAAACGACUCGAUGUGUGUUAGCGGUUCUGUUGAAGCCUGGGGGUUGUUGUUUCUGUCUUGUUUCUGAUUGGCUGUAGGAUGAGUGAUGUCACAGUCAUGUGGUUUGUUUGGAAUCUGGUACUAAAUGCAUUCUUGUUGCACCGUGAAAA